AAUAUAGCAAACCGGUCGAAUUCUACCUAACAUUUAAGAAUUAGUUUCCCAUUUCAGUGACUUUUGGCAUUUGCAGAUUUACUACAGAUGGUUCUGUAGUUAGAAGCAAUAUGUCGGAUUCGAUUGUCAUCACACAAACUGAACAAAUUUAUGAGAAUGAGAUCAUAGAAGAAGCACAAGCUGAAGAGAAUGUGAGAUUAGCACAGCAGGUUGUGUUCAAAGACUGCAAGCGGGGCAUAGGCAUCAAGAUCUGUGGAGGCUGCAGUAUAGAUGGGGAGGAGCUACAUGGGGUGUUCAUCAAGAGAGUUCUGCCUGGGGGUCAGGCUGACACGCAAGGAGAUCUGCGGAGGGGAGACCAGAUACUGGAGGUGAAUGGAGAAAACCUUGAGGGGGUCACCACUGACAGAGCUGCUUCCAUCUUACGGCUGAAUUGUUUCACCAACCAGGUGGAGCUAGUUAUUUGCAGAGAUGAGCAAGCUAGGUUGGAGUUCAAUGAAAUCAUGCAGAAAAGUGGCCUCCCAGUCAAUCCACCACCUCAGGAAGUGGCUGAAGGCGUUGGCCAUGAUGACUUACAAGGAGACCAAGAUAAAUUGCCAACUGCAGAGCGAGAGGAGGACUACAUGGUGACCCCUCCCACGCAGAUGGCAGGCCACGCCUUACUGAAUGGGGAUGUUCUCUCUCACAAAUUCCCAUGGAGGGGUCUCAUUCCCUCCCAUUCGUCAACUCCAAACCCAAAAGGUGUAAAAGGUUCAAUGAUGACCCCGGCUAUGGUGGGGGGCUCCGGUUCUCCAGCUGAAUUUUCCCCUGUGCUGGGCCCCGUUCUGUCGCUGGCCAAUGCCCUGUCACACGGCCCCCUCUUCACCAACCAGUCAGGUCACCAUGGUAACACAACACUGACCAGGAAACCCUCUGUCGGACCCCACGAGAAGUUUGAAGUGGAAAGACUCACAUCAACCCUCAACCUUCUUGGCUUUGAUGUGACACCAGAGAAGGAAGUUGCCAUGAGGUCACGACUUACUAUUGAUCAACAUGGAUGUGUAUUCUUUGGAGAGGCCGUUGAUGUGGUGUCAGAAGUGUUCCGGGAGGAGAUCGAGAAACGUAGCCUGAAUUUGAGUGGCUUCCUGCUGCCUGACAAUACCUCACGUCUGGGACAUCCUCCACUGUAUCAAAGCAGGGUAGAGAUGAAUGGUGGUGCUAGUGGAUCAGUUGUGAGUCCAGCUGAAGUAGAUGUGGAGAGCUUGAGGCAAGAAAACCUGCGAUUACAGUUGAUGCUUGAAGAAAAAGAGGAAGAAAUUGAAAUCAUAAAAAAGGAUCAGCGAGAGAUGCGUACCAAGGUGCAGCUGGCAGCCAAGGCCCAGAAGGUGGCGCGUGACAUGGAACACGACUAUGAGGAGGUGGUGAGACUGCUGGAGGGCGAGAUAGCGCAGCUGAAACUGCAGAGGGACAGACAAGUGGAUGCUGAUCCCAUCAACCAACGGCGCCUGGCAGUGCUGACCUGUCAAUUACGCAAAGCUGAGAGCGAGAAACGAACUCUGAAAGUUGCCACUGAGAAACUACUGCAGUUUGCGGAGAAUGUCCAGGCUACAGGCUCUAACUCUAAGCCGCCGCCGCGCCCUCUUGCCAUUGUUAAAUCGGGAGGAAUCUUGGGAAAGCACAAACAGAGUCCAGCGGCUGAUGUGGCAUCCGAAGCAAGGGACGUUAUUAAGGCGGUCAGGUCAUUAAUAGAUGGAGAGCCUUUGCCAUUCGGUUGGGAGGAAUGCUACACUGAAGACGGUGUGAAGUAUUACAUCAACCACCUGAACCAAGUAACAACUUGGACUCACCCGCUGUCAGGCGUAUCCCACGUGCCACCGUCUGAAGGCAAAUCCCCCACUCAGGACCAGUCCAAACCAACUUAGCAUGACUCAGCUCCAUACACCCAUCCAGCCAGAACUUUCAAGACAACGCACAAGUUACAGAUGAUAUUGAUACUGGUACAAAUGUAUUAUGAAACUAUCAAUAUCUUAUUUUAAGAACAAAUGUAGAAGCCAAUACGUUUGCUGGUGCUAGAACAGUUGUAUUCUUGCAAAUAUUGAGUUUCAAAUGAUAAAUAUCUUUAAAAGCUGUGUGAACAUUCAGUGAACAUACAUCUUUCCGAAAUUAUGACUUUAAAGAUACUUUAAAAUCCAGAUCUGAAAUCUUUAUCAUUUAAUAUUGAUAUUCACACAUGUUUUCCCUACGCAAUAAAAGGUAGGUCGCAAGAAGCUGGGAAAUAUUCUAAUAAUUACAAACAUUAUUGUUAUGCUUUUUUGUGUGAGCCUGUAUUCGGCUGCAAUAACCAGUUUUUGCAUUUAAUACUUUACUUUCAUUUGUUUCUCUCACUGAAAAAAAUCAACAUUUGUCCAUUGAUUCAAGCCAUGGGUUUUGCAUAUGUAUCUCAUGUUCAAAAACAGGCAUUUUUGGUGCUUUUUCAAAUUCAAGGCGAGGGUUAUAGCAAACAAUAUGCAUUUUGCAGCUUGUAUUAUAUGCAAACCAUGUCAAUCAGGUAUUACCAUCAAACAUUUUCGUGUUUAUGAAUACAAUUAUUUUUUGGUAAUUAGUCAUUGCACAAUGCCAUAUUUUUGUGUAUACAUGUACAAUUUUAUAAAAUAUGAAGUUUGAGCCAAAUUUUAAAUAGUCUCAUAAUACUAAAAUAAAAUAUAUUGAAUUUUUAAGCAUCUUUAGUUGAUUAGAAGGCAAAAUUAUACCUUUGAAUUUAGAAUGUAUUAUUAUUGUUAAUCUUUACACAUGUACGACUUUUAUGCCCCCGGUAGGUUGGCAUAUAGCAUUUGAACUGUCAGUCCAUCCGUCCGUCCGUCAGUCUGUCCGAAAACUUAAACAUUUGUGAUAUCUUUUGCAAUAUUGAAGAUAACAACUUGAUAUUUGGCAUGCAUGUGUAUCUAAUGGACCUUCACAUUUUGAGUGGUGAAAGGUCAAGGUCAAAAGUAAAAAAUACAAACCAAGUGAAGUGAUAAGCUUUAAAAGGGAGAUAAUUUCUAAACCUGCCAAAUAAUACAUUGAAAUUUUAUUUUAAAGCGGCGCAAUAGGGGGCAUUGUGUUUCUGACAAACACAUCUCUUGUUGAGUAAUUAUCUGUGUGUUAGUUUGAAUAGGUACCAUAUUACGAUCAUGCUCUUUACAUUUAUAACAGAAUACCAGGUAUGUUGACAUUUAAACAAUUAUUAUACAAAGGAGUCUGAAACAUUUCUUGCAAAUGUGUUUUUUUUUAAGCAUCUGGACUUUAAAUUUGAGAAAUAUACGCUUUAAACCUUAGAGGGGAUGUUAUGUAGAUAAAAUAAUAGCUAUCAGCUAGAUAUGUCUGUAAUGUAUUGUUUGUAUACUUUAUUUUCAUAACCUAUGUAUACUCGUGUAAAUGGCCAGUUUUCUAAUAGAACUUUGUUUGUUUCAUCGGUUUUCAAUGAUGUUUAGUGAUGUUUAGAAAGAGUAUUUUAGGAUUUCCCUAUUGCUGUGUCAAUCAGGUCAAUGGAAUCUACUGAAUGCAUUAAUCCACAUUUUCAAGAGUGAGACCAAUUAAUUUGCACUUUCUUGCAAGAAUGAGACUGAAAAAUAUUCCUCUAAGUUAAACAUUGGUUACCAUAUCAAAUUUGGGUAACUCAAAAUACAGUUUUGAAAAAAAAAAGGAAAAUGGUUACAAACUAACAUGCAUAGAGGUAAGAAUCAAAGUUUCAAUGUGUUUGGUGACCUAAUGUAAUAAUGCUAAUUUGCAAGUUUCAUAACAUGUUUAACAUAUUACAUGUGCAGAUAAUUUUAUUUUAUAUGUUGAUUAUCGAAAGUUCAUUUGUGAAUGUGUUGUUUAUUUAUAGGAAGUUCAUUAGUCUCUUAACAAAAUAGUUAUGUACAAAAUCGACGUGUAUACUUUUAGUUCACCAGUAUACGAUAGAUUCAAGAGUUGUAAGGUUUAAUGGCUUAUAGUUCCUUUCUUCUAACACUUGUAUACAGAUACACAUGGUUUUCAUGUAAAUUUCUGUUUGACAAUCACUUUUUAUUCCCGCCCAAAGGGGGAGGGAUAUAGAAUUGGAGUUGUCCGUCAGUCUAUCCGUAUGUAUGUGGUGGGGGAUAUCAAUUCAAUUACUUUGCUUGUUGUUUAUGCAUUUAUUUUCGGAUGUCAAUCUGCAAGAAUAAUCAGGUCACUUCUAUAUACAAUGUUAUGAUUCUAGCUUGGAACAAGCAGUAAAAAAUGUUCACAAAUCUGAUCAGCUAGGUCAGUUGGUAGUGUGAUGUAAGAUUAGUCAUGAAGUUAUUUGUAUAGCCAUCCUCCCCUAACCACUCAUUUUUAGUAAGUUAGAAAAUAAUGAAAUACAAACAUUUCCAUUAUGAUUGUGAUUAUAAAAUUUAGCUGAGUUACAUGAAAGCCAUGCAUGUCAUAUAUCCUGGUCAGGCUGUGAUUAUCCCGUUAGCAUAUGGGCUGUGCUCUGUGAAAAUGGGGUUUAAUGAAUGUGUGUGUAAAGUGUCGUCCCAGUUUAGCCUGUGCAGUCCAUACAGGCUAAUCAGGGACGGCCCUUUCUGCCUAAACUGGAUUCUGCUAAGAAGAGACUAUCUUUAAAUGAAAAAAACAAUAAGAACAUAAAGUGUGGUCCCUGAUUAGCCUGUGCAGACUGCACAGGCUAAUCCGGGACGACACUACGCACAUGCAUUAAAGACCCUUUUCACUGAGCAUGGUUCAUAUAUAUUGUGAGAUUACAUUAUCUCAAUACUGUACCUAUAUUAAAUGAGUAACAUUAGAGGAAACCUGUGAAGAUUGUACACAUUUCUAGUCGACAUAGCAUUUAUUUAGCAUUUUUGUAGACAAAAAAACACAUUAUUAUAUGUGUUUUCAUACAGUACAACAUUGUCCAACUAUUGCCCUAUUUUGACAGUGGUUGUUUUCAAUGUUUGUAAUCGAGAUUUCGCUAUGGACGUCUUUGAAUACGUGUGUGGUAUCUAUGAAUGUUUUGUUUUUUGUUUCCAGUAUGUUUUAAAGGUUUCUUGUAUCUACUCUUCUUUCAUUAAGUGCAUGUAGUUAUUUAGAGAGUUAUUUUUUAUUUUUCAUUUAGAUUGACUUAAAUUGAUGAACAUAGUGGAGAAACUAACGGUUCUUGUUUCGGACUUAAAUGAAUUAUGCAUUAGAUUCUUGACAUGUGUUUUAAUCUUAUGAUAACCGUGCAUUGGUUUGAUGAAUAAGUACUGUUAAGACAAAAUGUAACUAACUGUAGCCUUAAUGGUUGUGAUAUUAUGACCUCAAAGCAAAAAGAAAGUUUGUAACUUUGUACUAUUAUCAUAAGGGCGUUUUUAGAUGCAAAACCUAUGUAUUUGACACAACAUUUUGUUUCUUUAGAGACAAAGUGUCUUUUAAGAUGAAAAGUGCAAUUGUCUCAUAUGUUGUGAUAUAUUUAAUAAGUAUUUAAUUAUAUAUAAAAAAACAGCAUUAUGUUAUAGUUCAGAAGAAAUCCACACGCUGUCUCCAAAACUGCAUUUGACGUUUUUAUAUUUUUUCCGUCCAUAGUUUACAUUAUGAAUAUUAUGCCUACUACAUGUAUAAUGAUGAAAGUUACCAUCCUUAUGGUCGUGUUCUUUAAUUUAUUUCAGAAAUGAUUUGUUUGUGCUUGAAAAUUUUCUGUAAAUAAAAAAGAUUUUUAGUUGUGAAUGACUUGAAUCAGAUUUUUACACAGACAUCAGAAAUAAUAAUUUAUUGCUAGGUUACAGACAAACAAUUAACUGACAAUUAUUUUGAUUCUUACUUGACACACAAUAUUCUACCAUGAUAUUGCAAACUAAAGAUUACAGCGUUGGGCUACUUAUUUAAAUUGUGUAAAAUAUUAUAAUUAUUGCUAAUUACCCUUUAAAUGUGCAUAAUUAGAUUUCCAAAAAAAUGUUAACAUUUUAUGUAUUGAACAUCAACUUUGCCUUAUAUUUCAAAUCUUAUGUGUAGAGCUUCAUGUGUCAUGUUGGAAAUAAUUUCAAUGCUUUGACCAUGUAAUUAUUAAAUAAGAGAUACAUGGCUGGAAUUUUAGUGUGAUAUUGUCAUUUACAUACAAAUAUUUACAGGACUGUGAUUGUUUUCUCCUUUUAGAUUAUUUACUCAGUUUGCAAUUUGAUAUUACUUUAGAAAUAGUUCUUAAUCUGGCUUGUUCUGCUUAAAAGUGAACAGUUUUGUGUAUCCAGUAUUUAGAGAUGGAGACUUUUUUCCUUCCCUGUUUUGUUGCCAAAUAACACUCCUGUACAUAAUAUUUUGUGACAGAUGUUAUUUAAAUUCUACUUUUUGAUAGUUCAAGGUAGAUAACUAUGUAUAAAUACACUUUUAAUAGUUAUUUCCCUUUAAUGUCUUGAAAUGAUAUUUGUGUUGUUGUUGGUUUUGAAUUUUUGUCAAAAAUCUUUUGGUUCAGAGAAACAUUUCGAAUUUUAAUAUAAAUAUGUGUACAUGUAAUGAUGUGUGUUAGGUUUUAAGAAUUGCAUUUGUUUUGUCUUUGGUUUACCACUAUGGAGCCACCAAAAUGUGCCAUGCUGUGAAAACUUUUUUUAUGUUCAUGUUUUUUGUUAUUGUAUACCAAAAAUAUAGUAUUUAUUAAUAUGAAAAUGUAAAUGUUAAAGUAUUUAAAAGAAGGACCAAAACAUUUAUUGCAAAUGAAGCAAGCUUAAAUUCAAGUAAUGCAUGGCUAGGAAGGAGUUAGUUGCUUGGAUUAAAUGUUGUUUAACAAAUCUUGUUUAAAUAAAUAUAAUAAAACAGUGCUUAUUUUUUUGAAAGAAAAUUGGUGUACUAAUAUAAAACAAAUUACAAUUAUAAUCUUGAUCAUGUUAAUUAUUAUUGAAAAACAAGUUUUUAAAACAAAUUUAUUUUUUAAUUUUAUUUCCAAAGACAUGUGCAGGAGUAUUUUGUCAGUUAUUUAAUAUUAAUUUUAUUCAAGUUUCAUUGAAAUUAUGGUUUUGGUUUUGAAUAUCUUUUAUUGCAUUUUCUGCACGUCAUAUUAAACGGCUGUUGUGUAACAUAAGUAUACUUUAUGAGCAUCUGCAUUUUAACAUGCAGAUUUAUUGUUGAUAUCUAGUUUAACCUGUGCGUAUAUCAGCAUAUUAUUGGUUGCAAAAGACAUGUGUUACAUUAUUAUCACAUGAUUUUGAAUCAUAUGACUUUUUUUUGUAGCAUGUGAUUUUAAAUUAUAUAAAAACUUUUUGUAUUAAGUUAAUGCUUUAUGAUUACAUAAUAUUUGGCAAUCAUGUCAUGGUUAUAAAGUUCAUAUUGCACUCAGUUAAUGGCAUGUAAAUAUUAUUUGAACAUAUGAUUCUUUAAAGUCCAUUACUCACCAUUGUAAAUGUCGAUAUUACCAGCUGUUUCAUGCUUAAUUUAAAACAUAACGUUUACCGGUAUGCAAAUAAAUUUGUUCUGUGAAGACAGAUUUUUUUCCAACUUGUUGACAAAUCUUAAUACAUAAUGCAAAAUUGUAAAAUGAUGCAAAAUUGAAUCGGUUUUACACACUUAUAGAGAAGCUCUAUUGAACAGAUUGUAGAAACAUGUAUGUAAGAUGGAUGAGUAUGUCAGUUUUACAUAGCUACCCACUUCUCAGGUAGACAACAUGUUGAAAUCCUAUUUCUGCAAAUACUGGUACUCACAAAAAAUGCAUACUUACAGAAGUUGUUUGUAACAGACAUUUCACCGAAGGCAUUGAAAUCUUCUAAGUUAUAAUGUUAUGGUAAUUAUUCAUGGAUAAGUUUGUAUACACAUGAUUAUGUGGUAUUCCUCUGAUUUAUGGUAAAUUGUGUAUGUAUACCAUAGAAGUACACAUUUACCGAAAGUAUGUUUUUUAUUUGUACUAAGCGCUUUGGAAAAAAUAUUAUUUAAAGCAUUUCUUACAAACUGAAGUUUUCAGUUAGAUAAAGGUAAUUUUCUUUCAUAGGUCCUUUGCAUUACCUUUAGAUAAACUUGACACAUACUAUAAUUGUUGGAUGCUUCAGCUGAAUACGUCGAAGAAUAAGAAAUGGACUUACAAUGAGCGAAGGUCUUUUGCAAAAGGAGUGAAAUUAGCCCAGAUGAGAAAUGGACUCACAAUUUUUAAAACAUAAAUGUGGUCAAUAAUUUCAACUAUCUGGGAAUUGAAGGUAAUAACACGUUGAGCGUAGAACAUUUGGUACGAAAAGCUUACGAUUGUCAAUAUUUUACCAUACAAAUUACUUUCUUACUUAUUUUAUUCUUCUACUGGCUCCAUUUUAUGUUAUGCCCUUGAAAUAUACAUGUUAAUGAAGCGAAAAAAAGGAAUACAUACGUUUAAAAUAUUGCAAAAGGUUGCUUAAUGUAAUAAACACAUGUAAUGCUACGGUAUGUGAAGAGUUAGGUAGAUACCCAUUUUAUAAAAUCAGAUAUGUUUGAAUUGUUAAGUGUUAGUUUACAAUUAUUAACAAUAAACCACUAUUAUACAAACUGUGUAAGUCAAGCAGUGGAUGAUAGCAACAAACAAUACACAAAUUAAGUUGCAUGUUAAAAAAUUGUAAAAUUAAUACCAUAUUCCUAUUUAUUGGAAAAUUCCAAUAAACUAACCCGCACACUUAUGGAUGUAGACUUUUUUAUUACACGUUUAAACUUGAAAGGUUUCGUAAUAAGGGCUACUUCCCAUCCAUUUUGAAAUCAGAGCGGCAGAUACUCCCAUAACAUUUUUCAAAUGUAAGUUUUUUUAAUUGCCUUUAACAUUGUACUUCUUUGUUUGGGCUUUGAUUUUGCAACAUCAGUUAUUGUACGAGAAAUUGUAUUCAUCGUCAUAUAUUGCCAUUUACAUUACAUCAUUUCAAAUUAUGUAUUAUUUAAAACAAUUUAGAUUAUGUUUAAUAAUAAGCUGACUGUUCUUUUCAUUAAUUGUAAUAAUAAAAGGUGCUAACUCAA